AUGGCGAGCGGCAAGGCGACGGCGUCGUCGUGGGCGGCGGCGAUGAGCGUCGGCGCGGGCACGGCCGAGGCGCUCAAGGAUCGGCAUGCCGGGCUGUCAAGCUGGAACCACGCGUUCCGGUCAGUCCAGCAGCGCGCCAGCACUACUGCGGCGGCCGGGAACAGCAAGAGCAAGGCGGUGCCUGCUGCCGGUGGUGCCGCGGCGAGGAGGAAGGCGAAGCAGGAGCACGAGGAGGAGCUCCGGACUGUCAUGUACCUCAGCAACUGGGGCCCCAACAACUAA